CAUGCUUUGUUUUGGUAGCAGGAGGAAAGGUGUUUGUGCAGAACUAGAGGAGCUAAAGUGGAGUUUCACCGAAGCUUUUUCCUUUCUCUGAUGAAUGGACUGAGUGGUGAAUAGUUGCUCUUCCUCUUACCGCUUCAGAAAGAGUCUCCGUCUCGAUUAACUCCUCCUGAACUCAUCAACUCAAGCAUCAACUACUCAGGUCUGCUACUCGGCGGGUGUGCGGUGGUCCCGGUCCCUGAAGUAGACGCCGCCGCCGCCGCUCUCACUUCAGUCUCGUGUUCUUUGUCGCGGUUUUUUCUUUCUCAUUUUGCACCUGAUUUUUAUUGGAUAUUAUCAGAACAGUCACCAUGGGCAAAAAGGAGGAAGAGGAGAUCAUCAGAAUUGCGAAGAAGAUGGAUAAAAUGGCGCAGAAGAAAAACGGGGCUGGAGCUUUGGACCUAUUGAAGGAGUUGCGAAGUAUCCCUAUGACUCUUGAGCUGCUUCAGUCUACCAGAAUUGGGAUGUCUGUUAACGCUAUCCGUAAGCAGAGCACAGACGACGAGGUGACAUCUCUCGCCAAGUCCUUGAUCAAAUCGUGGAAGAAGCUUUUGGAUGAGCCUGGUAACGGAGAAAAGCCUUCAGAUGAAAAGCGGAAAGAACAAACAACGCCUGUUGUUUCUCCCUCCCAGGGAAGCCCCGAGGCAAAAGAAGAAAGCAGCUCCAGCAGUAACUCCAGCAGCAAGAGUGAGCCCGCUGAACUUUCAACCAACACAUUGAUCAACACCUUUCCUCGUGCCCCCGGCACCUCUGACUCCAUCAGGAUCAAAUGCAGAGAGUUGCUGUCCGCAGCUCUGCAGACUGGAGACGAUUAUAUUGCUAUUGGUGGUGAUUGUGAUGAACUUGGAGCACAAAUUGAGGAAGUUAUCUUUCAAGAGUUUAAGAACACAGACAUGAAAUACAAGAACCGCGUGCGGAGCCGAAUCUCGAACUUGAAGGAUGUGAAGAACCCUAAUUUAAGGAGGACUGUGCUCUGUGGGAGCGUAACCCCGGAGAGGAUGGCUAAGAUGACCGCAGAGGAAAUGGCCAGUGAUGAGCUUAAGGAAAUGAGAAAGAAUUUGACCAAAGAGGCUGUCAGGGACCACCAGAUGGCCACCACUGGAGGCACUCAGACUGAUCUGUUCACCUGUGGAAAGUGCAAGGGGAAGUGCUGCACCUACACACAGGUUCAAACUCGCAGUGCUGAUGAACCUAUGACCACGUUUGUCUUCUGCAAUCAAUGCGGAAAUAGAUGGAAGUUCUGCUGAACCUGCAUGGCACCCCGACAAGUAGCAAAAUUCCUGGACCAGGUUGUCACAACUGCAACAGAUUGGAGCUUUGUAUUUUCUGGUACAUAGUACACAACAUGCCAUACAAAGAUGCCACAGGUUACCGUUUGAAUAAAUAUACAGUUCAUAGAUUGAGCUUGUUGUCAGUCCCUCGAUGCCCCUCACCCCCAAAUCUUUUACUAUUGUCAUUAGUUGUUUUGUCACUGUCAGAUAUAUGUGAUCAAUCUUGUCUCAUUCUCUUUUAUCUGCAUUUUUUAUAUGUAGUUUUAACACUUUGGAUAAUGUUGUUUUGCUUUUCCCUCACAACAAUGCAUUGUUUUAUUUAAUUUCCCAAUAAAAGUGUAAUCCAUUUGAUUAAAGAGAAGUGCUUUUCAUUA